UUCGUGUCAAAUUCCAAUCGGCUCGAGUCGCUUCCCAGCAGACGCCACCUGCCUUUCCCCUUCCGAGCAGCGCCGCGCCGCGCCGCGCUUCGCCGCCGGUGGUGAGGGUGGUGGGGUUGGGGGUUCGGGUGUUGCUGGAUAUAUAGAUGCCUCCAUGGAUCCCGUCGGCGAGCCCUCGCCGCCGUCGUCGCGGCGGUCGGUGAAGCGGCGGCCGCCCGCGCGAUCGCCGGAGCUGUCGCCGAAGGCGGGGGGAGGAGAGGCGCCGGAGCUGCUGAUCCGGAGGUUGGAGGAGCUGGAGGCGGCGGCGGCGCGGCUGCGGGGCGAGAAGGAGGCCGCGGAGGUGGCGGCGCAGGGGCUGCAGGCGGAGCUGGAGGCGGAGCGGGCGUCGGCGGAGACGGCGGCCAGCGAGGCCAUGCUGAUGAUCGAGCGGCUGCAGCGGGAGAAGGCUGCCGCGCAGAUGGAGGCCCGCCAGUUCCGGCGGUACGCCGAGGGCCGCGCCGAUCGGGAGCGCGAGGUGCAGGAAGAGCUCGCCUCGCUAUCCGACCUCGCCGCAUCCUACCACUCCCGCCUCCAGUCCCACGGGAUCGACCCUGAUUCUUUCUCCGACGACGACGAGCAGCAGCAGGACGAGGAAGAUGGCGAAGAAGUACAGCAUAUCGACAUGGCCACACUAGAGGCAGAAGGAAGCAGCGGCGGCUCGAGCAGUUUCAUGCAGGUGAAAGCCAUGGUCGACGACGACGACGAAGAGGAGGAAGAGCAAUUCACCCCUGUGGAGAAGGAGUUUGAGUACACGGUGGAUGUGAGGUGCGCGAGCACGACGACGAAGGUGUCCGGUGCGGUGGUUGUGGGUGAGUACGUGGGGGAGAGCAACGCUGAGGGAUUGUACGCGAGGGUGGAAGCUCUGGAGGCGGACAGGGCGGCAAUGCGGAGCGAAAUCGCAGCAUUGAGGGCAGAGAGAGCUCAGCUGGUGAUGGCGAGGGCAAUGGCGCGCCGGCUGUGCUGGGAGGUGGUUGCUGAGCAGAAAGCCAAGAGGGUGGCUGUCUCACCACGAAGCUUCUCGGUGCUAGGAGUUUGUAAGUGGGUGCUCUCAAUAAUCUUUUGGGGAAACCGAAGUUCUACAGCCAGGUAUACCUUUGGCUUGUCAACUACGUUCAUUGGCUUCCUACUGCUACUAGACAGAUCCACCAUGUUGAGUCCCUGGCGUCGUCUGCCUAGGCCAGAACGAUGAAAAUGAGCUUCAUAAUCCUAUAGCCUACUGUCUAUAAAUGCCGAUCCUGGGAUCAUUGGUUAUGACUUCAUUGUAAGUGUGUGUAUUGCAUUCUUUGACAUCUCCUCUUCUUUUUGCCCAAGCACAGUUUUUGAGCUGUAUGUGUAUGUUUGGAAGCUUUGAGCUUGUCUUACAGCGUGUUUAUUCAAACUUAGGCGUGGAUAGCUUGUAAUCAGGAGCUAACUGACAUGCUCUGUAUAGAGUGUACAUCAUAGUAAGUUGUGGAAUAUGAUCUUGUUUGCGCAGUUGC